GACCCAAGGCAUCCCUUCAUAACCAGACUAUUGCCUGCUGGAGACUUCUGCAGAACAGAAGGGAACGGUCAGGAAGCAAAGAUGAUCUCCUUCAAGCAACUGCCUCUAGAAGCAAAGGCUGCAGUGGCUGCAGGAGUGGUUUUCUUCUCCAUGAUGCUUUCACGGAGUUAUCUGGCAGAGCAACUCGAGCUCAGGACGCGGCGUUGGUUUCUAAGGCUGCAGAUGGCACUCUUUGCUAAUGCACUCAUGUUGAUAGGAUCGCUUCAUGUUUGGAGAAGCACAGUCACCACGUUCUCCAGGUCUUCAGCUGCCAGCUCUGUCUGUUUCAUACCAUGGAAAAUAGCCGUGUUCAUGUUUCUAGCUUUGGCUCAUUCAAGCUUCUUUACAUUGCUAUUUCUUGUUGCAGAAGAACCCUAUUUCUUUUCUUUAGCUGCCUACACUUGCCUGGGGGCCUAUAUCAUUCUUAUCUUCUUCCUUUUCACUCUAGGCUCUGUAGAGCAGGCUUACAAGUUCUUGGCUGGGAGAGGCGCUAAGGCAGGUACUGGAAACAAGAACAGAACAGCAAUUAAACCAGUUUUGGCAGUCAUGCUUACUGCUGUGCUGACUGUGGUUGGGCUGUUAAACGCUUCCCAGCCUCCCACUGUGAAUUCAGUGGAGGUUCCAGUUCUUAAGCUGCCCUCAACAAUGAAUAAUCUGAAAGUGGUGUUGCUUUCAGAUAUCCAUCUGGGGCCCACAGUUGGGAAGACCAAGCUUGCCAUGAUUGUGAGAAUGGUUAAUGCUUUGAAACCAGAUAUCACUGUGAUUGUUGGGGACCUGACUGACUCGGAGGCAGAGAUCAUACGACCUGCUGUUGAGCCCCUUGGAGAACUUAAAUCCCCUUUGGGGACUUACUUUGUUACAGGAAACCAUGAGUACUACACAUCAGAUGUUAGCAACUGGUUUGAGCUGUUAAAAUCAUUUAACAUUCGGCCACUCCAUAAUGAGAAUGUGAAGAUUGUUUCGCCAAAGAGCACUGAUGACUGGUUCUGUCUGGCUGGCGUUGAUGAUAUUGAAGCAGAUGUAUUGCGCUACUCAGGGCAUGGCAUGGAUUUGAAAAAAGCACUCACAGAUUGUACAAGUGAGCAUGCAAUAGUGCUGUUGGCUCAUCAGCCAAUUGCUGCAAAGUGGGCCCUUCAAGAGAGACCAGACAUAAACUUAAUUCUCUCUGGCCAUACUCACGGAGGGCAGAUGUUUCCAUUACAUGCUGGGGCUUAUUUUCUGAAUCCCUUCUUUGUUGGCUUGUACGAAGUUGGGCAGAACACCUUUGUCUAUGUCAGCCCAGGGACAAUGUACUUUGGGAUUCCCAUGAGGCUAGGCAGCAGAGCUGAAAUAACAGAGAUAAUUCUACGUUCUCCUUGA